ACCAGCCCUCCUCCUGCCCCCACUGCCCCGGAAGCUCCCUGCCUCCUUCCUAACAGCCAGGUGGCAGGUGUUCCCACACCGGCUUCCUUGGGUCAGCCACGCCCGCCCCUCUUAAAGGAUCCUGUGCCCCUCCCUGGUGCUGGGAUGGCGGGUGGGGCGUGGACCGGGAAGUGCAGGGUGCAGGCUGGCAGGGCUGUGGGGAGGGAGAGACUGCCUGGGAACAGGUGAGGCAAUCUCAACCCCCCGGGACCAGGAAGUCUGAGUCUAGAGGGGCGUUCACCCCCUGGGAGAGCACAGGUAAAGAAAGCUGUGAGCCGCACCCCCGGACCUCCUCCAGGGGCCUGUAGGGGGGGGCCCUCCUGUGUUUACACAAGGGGCCGGGCUCCCUGGAUUCCAGGUCGAGGCCUGAUGAGGCCAGAAGCCGGGAAGCCACGGCCUGUGUCCUCGGAAAAAGCAGGCACUGGAAGGGAGGCCAUUGAGCCCGGCACUAGCCGGUGUGGCUCCCUGCUGUGGUCUGGAGGAAGCAGCGGCCUGGGUUGGUGGGAUUGGAAUGAAGGGCUUCUGGUUUGCAGGGAUCAAGGGUCCAGGGUCCCCGAGGUUGGGUCAGGAGCCUCAAGGGGAUAACUGAGGCUUGGGAGGGAGACAGGGCGAGAUAGAGACUGGCCCCUGUCCGGGAAGAAGCGUCCGGGUAGCUGGCAGGAGAUAGCAUUUAGGCAGAAACCAGGCUGGGGGCAGCUUGGGUAGGGGUCCCCGCAGAUCAGAGGACGGCCUGGAACAGGUCCCAGGGCCAGGGCCCAGGCAGGGGCAGCCAGCCUGAGGAGGGUGGCUGGUUAGGUGGCACUCACACCUAGAUGGGCUGCGAAGAUCAUAGACCUGUCCCAUAGUAAUGGAGACCCCUGUAGCGCAUUUCACCCUCCACUGCAGCAGCCGGAAGGAGUGUGAGGAGGGUCCAGGGAGCAGGGUCCCCCAUUGACAGGGUAGGGAAGGGUUUGCCAAGCCUUCGGCCUUUAAGGCUGAGCGAGCAGGCCCAGUGGAGAGGCAUCCUGGCUGGUCUGCGGGUGAGAGCUGAUGAGCAGGAGAAACUCGUGGGGGCUGUCAGAUUUGGCCAGAGACAGAUGCUCCAACAGGCAGAUACUGCGACUGUCAGUCGGAAGCCAUUGGCGUUUGCCAGACAGUGGAAGGAGAGGGUCAGUUCGUCGUGCUCUUGGCCGGGGGCAGGCAGGCAGCCUGUCGUGCCUUUAUUUAAGGACCUUUGGGUGAUUGGAGACAGGCAGGCAGCUUGCCGCCUGGAAAUGAUCAAGUGGUCAGCCUGACCAAAUUCAGGACAGCUGAAGGGUCUGACUGGGCACUGUGUGACUGGUGGGUUGGAGGCUGUCGUGUGGCUGAGCAGAGAUGGCCAGCUGAUGGGUCACACAGUUGGGGAUGGUGUCAGGAGGUCAACCUGACCAGCAGAGACGGCUGGCAGGAAGGUCACGGAAGGCCAGCCAGGCAUGGUGCCACUGGGUGCAGGCAGGUGGUGGAUCUGAGUGGCCUGACACAUUGGAUGGUUGCUUAUUUGGGCAGCGUGAUUGUCAGAACAGUGUGGCAGGGGCUGCUGCAGGGAGCCAUUUGGACAUCUGCAGGGCCCCCCUGGAGGCCUCGGAUGGCCACAUAGGGUCUGCCUAUCAGGAGAAUCCCCAGAUGAUCACAGUCCCCAGAGACAGCCAGACCCCCGGGGACCCAGCCUCUCACAGUCAGUCCUCCCACCCGAGUGACCCCGAUGGCGGCCUCCCAGCUGGCGGCGCUGGAAGGAGUGGACUCCGGUCCCAGGGUGCCCGGGGCCAGCCCCGGCUUCCUAUAUUCCGAGGGCCAGCGGCUGGCACUGGAGGCUCUGUUGAGCAAGGGUGCGGAGGCGUUCCAGGCCUGUGUGCAGCGCGAGGAGCUGUGGCCCUUCCUCAGUGCGGAUGAGGUCCAGGGCUUGGCAGCGGCAGCUGAAGACUGGACAGUGGCCAAGCAGGAGCCCAGUGGGAUGGCAGAGGGAGCCACCACCGCCGAUGUGGACGCGGGCAGCCUGAGCUACUGGCCUGGGCAGUCGGAGCAGCCGGCGCCCGUCCUGCGGCUGGGCUGGCCAGUGGACUCUGCGUGGAAAGGCAUCACCCGGGCGCAGCUGUACACCCAGCCUCCUGGGGAGGGUCAGCCGCCCCUCAAGGAGCUGGUGCGGCUGGAGAUCCAGGCUGCCCACAAGCUGGUGGCCGUGGUCAUGGACGUCUUCACUGACCCAGACCUGCUUUUGGACUUGGUGGAUGCUGCCACGCGCCGCUGGGUACCUGUCUACCUGCUCCUGGACCGCCAGCAGCUGCCUGCCUUCCUGGAACUGGCCCAGCAGCUGGGGGUGAACCCCUGGAACACGGAGAACGUGGAUGUCCGUGUCGUGCGGGGCUGCAGCUUCCAGAGCCGCUGGCGACGGCAGGUGAGCGGCACCGUGCGGGAGAAGUUUGUGCUGCUGGACGGCGAGAGGGUCAUCUCAGGAUCCUACAGCUUCACGUGGAGUGACGCACGCCUGCACCGAGGCCUGGUGACCCUGCUGACUGGUGAAAUUGUUGACGCCUUCAGCCUUGAGUUCCGGACGCUGUACGCGGCCUCCUGUCCGCUCCCACCUGCGCCCCCCCAGAAACCCUCGGUCAUAGGUGGCCUGCAGCGGGGCCGCAGCCCGCACCGCGUGUCCCGCCGCCGCUCCGUGGCCCCCGCGUCGCCUCCGCCGCCUGACGGCCCGCUGGCCCACCGCCUGGCCGCCUGCCGCGUCUCCCCUGCUACCCCGGGGCCGGCACUCAGUGACAUUCUAAGGAGUGUGCAGCGCGCCCGGACCCCCAGCGGCCCCCCGGCCCGGCCCAGCCGCUCCAUGUGGGACCUAAGCCGCCUGUCCCAGCUGUCUGGCUCCAGUGAUGGGGACAACGAGCUCAAGAAAUCCUGGGGCUCCAAGGACACUCCAGCCAAGGCUCUGAUGAGGCAGCGGGGCACUGGAGGAGGCCCCUGGGGGGAAGUGGACUCCCGACCUCCGUGGGGUGGUGCCCUGCCCCUGCCCCCCGCCCACCGCCUCCGCUAUCUGUCCCCAGCCCGAAGGCGGUUCGGUGGGGAUGCUACAUUCAAACUUCAAGAGCCCAGAGGCGUCAGGCCGUCAGACUGGGCCCCCCGGGCAGGACUUGGGGGGCAACCCUGAACAGGAGCCCAAGCCAAAUCUGCUGGCCCACCCAAGGAGCAGUGCUGGACAACUGUUGGCUCAGAGCCCCCUGCCUCAAUGCCCUGCCUUAGACAAGGCUUCUGGCCUCUGCGUCUGUCAAGCAGAAGGGAUGUUUGUCACUUGUUCUGCAACUUGGGCCGGGAGUGGUGGCUCAUGCCUGUAAUCCCUGCACUUUGGGAGGCUAAGGUGGGAGGGUUGCUUAAGGCCAGGAGUUGGAGACCAGCCUGGGCAACAUAGUGAGACCCCAUCUCUACAAUUAAAAAAACAAAUUAGUUGGGUGUGGUGGCGCACGCCUGUGGUCCCAGCUACGCAGGAGGCUGAGGUGGGAGGAUCCCUCGAGCUCAGGAGGUGGAGGCAGCAGUGAGCCAAGAUCAUGCCCUUGCACUCCAGCCUGGGAAACACAGUGAGAGGCCAUCUCUUAAAAAAAAAAAAAAAACAGAAAAGAAAAAAGAAAAAGAAAGGCUGAUCGAGGUGGCUCACUCCUGUAAUCCCAGCACUUUGGGAGGCUGAGGCAUGUGGAUCACCUGAGGUCAGGAGUUCAAGACCAACCUGACCAACAUGGUGAAACCCCAUCUCUACUAAAUACAAAAAUUAGCCAGGUGUGGUGGCGGGCACCUGUAAUCCCAGCUACUUAGGAGGCUGAGACGGGAGAAUCGCUUGAACCCGGGAGGCAGAGGUUGCAGUGAGCUGAGAUCACGCCACUGCACUGCAGCCUGGGUGACAGAGCGAGAUUUCGUCUCAAAUAAAAAAAAAGGACUUGGGCAAGCCCAUUGCCUGCACCAGACCUCAGUGUCACAACCCAGAAGAUGGGCUGGCAGCGUCCCCAGGCAGCGGAUCCUAAAGAAGAACACACAGCUCCCGAGGGUCAGGCCUUCCUGAUGAGGGGCCCGGGUGAGGCCCCGAGCUAGAGCGUCUAGAGCUGUGGAGGGGAAGAUGGGGAGUCGCUGCCAGGCACACUGUGUUCAGGAGCUGUGGGGAAACUGAGGCAAGGAGCUGAAUACUGAGGGAGUGGAAUGUGGUGCAGCCACAGGGGAACAGGGUGGGUGGUGGGACUUUCUGUGGGCGCUGAGAGGGCGAGUCUGCCGGAGCUCCCGUUUACCUCUGCUCGGAAUAAAACCAUUUCAUGCCAAAAAUGUGCGUUACUAAAGCCUGGCUCUGAAUCCAAGAGUCCACAACCCAGCCCCCUCCUCCCUCAGACCCAGGGGUCCAGGCCCCCAGCUCCUCCUCCCUCAGACUUGAGA